AUGUCUACGUCCCCACCGACGAGCUCCAUCGUUCAGGGCGAUACUUUCCGUGCCAAAGCCCAUACCGAGCGCCGGUCCAUCGACAAAUCCCCCUCGGAUGAUCGCAUCAGCGCCGCAGAAAGCCCUGCCAGUGGUAGGCUUGACCUCGCUGAGAUGGAGGGAAAAAUCGGCUUCCGGGGACUCUUCGAGAACAUCUUUGUGUUGGGUAUAACGUGCUUUGCUACCCUCGGCGGAUUUCUGUUUGGAUACGAUCAGGGCGUCGUCGGCAAUGUGCUCGCUAUCCAGUCCUUCGGAGCGGCCUUUCCGGAAAUUUACACCGAUGCCAACCUCAAGGGCUGGUUCGUCUCGACGCUCCUCCUUGGUGCAUGGCUGGGCUCCCUGAUUAAUGGCCCAAUCUGCGACAGAAUCGGUCGCAGACGCAACAUCAUGGUCAACGUUAUCAUCUUCCUCCUGGGUAGCUCCCUCCAGACCGGCGCGACCGCUCCGAGCUACCUCUUUGGUGGACGUGCGGUCUCGGGCCUCGCGGUGGGCGCUCUGACUCAUGUCGUGCCGAUGUACCUCGCCGAAAUCUCCAGCGCGAACGUCCGUGGGUCGCUUGUCGCGCUGCAGCAGCUCUCCAUCACCAUUGGUAUCCUCAUCAGCUAUUGGAUUGCAUAUGGGACGUCUCACAUCGGCGGUACACGAUGUGCCCCAGGAGUGCCCUACACCGGUCCACUUCUGAAUGGUCAGCCGACCUUCGACCCAUACAACGACGUUCCCGCCGGCGGCUGCACGGGGCAAAGUCAGGCUUCUUGGCGCAUCCCCGUCGGCCUGCAACUCGUCCCCGCAAUCUGCCUUGGUAUCGGCAUGAUCUUCAUGCCUUACUCGCCGCGCUGGCUGAUGGAGCAAGGUCGUGAGACCGAGGCGCUCGCAACGCUCUCCCGUUUACGGCGACGGCCCGAGGAUGCACGCUCGGUGCAACUCGAGUUCCUCGAGAUUAAGGCUGAGGUACGGUAUGCCGCCGAGGCCCGCGGGGCCAAGGAAGGACAGCAUGGGCGCGUGGGGCGGGCGCUGGCGAAUUAUAUGGCACUGGUGUCGAGCUGGCCGAAGUUCAAGCGACUGGCUGUGGGAUGUCUUGUUAUGUUCUAUCAGCAGUUCAUGGGAUGCAAUGCAAUCAUCUACUACGCGCCUACAAUCUUUGGCCAACUUGGCCUUGACCCGACUACUACCUCUCUUCUGGCUACCGGUGUAUAUGGUAUUGUCAAUACCUUAUCUACCUUGCCGGCUGUUGUUCUCCUCGACAGCACUGGUCGCCGCCCUUUGCUCAUGUCCGGGGCUAUUGGCUGCUUCGCCGCGCUGGUCGUUGUUGGCUCGCUUGUUGCUGCAUUCAGCGACGACUGGCCAAAUCACAUGACUGCUGGUCGUGCUGCUAUAGCCUUCGUGUUCAUCUACGAUGUCAACUUCUCAUAUUCGUAUGCACCAAUUGGAUGGGUGCUUCCCAGUGAGAUUUUCCCGCUCGAGCUCCGUUCUACGGGCAUCUCGAUCACGACCUCGUGCACCUGGAUGUCCAACUUCGUCAUCGGUCUCGUCUCGCCCACGAUGCUCGCGCAGAUCCCGAACGGCGGGACGUACUUCUUCUUCGCUGCCUUCUCGCUCUGUGCCUUCUUCACCACACUCUUCUUCAUCCCCGAGACGCGUGGAAAGACGCUUGAGGAGAUGGACAGUGCGUUUGGUGAUAACUCGACCGACGUGGAGCGCGAGCGUAUGGAGGCCAUCUGCCGCGAGCUUGGUCUACCCGCCAAGGCUCUAGCAAGUGUAUGAGCAUUCCCCACAAAUGGAAUUAACAAUCUAUCCUUUCCUCAUACUGGUUGUUUGAUGGGGUGUCAAAGGAACCUGCGCAUGUACGAAUCGAGAUGGAGGAUAUCAUCUAUCGCUUUGCUCGGUCGCGUCAGGGAUACGAAGUAUUAGAAUCUAGGUGAUGUUCUAUACCUGAGAAGUACAGUCGUAAUGUCACGCUUAUGGCUUAUAAACUUAUCUGUUCUCU